UCCACGGACAGAGGAGGAGGCAUUUGUGAGGACCAUAUCUUACGAUGAUGUGGAGAACUUGGUUGAUGAUGGUGUGGAUGACACAGAGGCUGAGGCAGGUAGUCAGGUACCAGAGACUCAGGUCCCAGACACUCAGGUACCAAUUUUUGGAACUUUUUUUUUAUGUCUUUAUUUUUUAUUGUUUUUGUUUUGUGAUAUUUGUUACAUUGUGGAAUUAUCGUAUGCUUACCGUAUUUUUUUUGUAUAUAUUUUUUCAGGCCACUGGUUCAGAACCUCAGCCCAGUGCACCAUCUUCAUCAGGCGUUCGGGGUGCCGAGUACACUGAUUUAUUGGCGAGGUUGGAUAGGAUCGAGGCUGACACUCAGGGUUUGUAUGCUGCUCAUGUCGAGCUGAAGAAGGCAUACGAGACCAGCCAUGUAGAGCUGAAGGGUGGUCAGAACGUAAUUAUGGAGCAGCUCAGAGACAUAUUGGCCAUGUUGAAUCGUCCGCCAACGACAGCUUCAGCACUGGAGGCCCUAGCAGAUCCAUCUACCCCACCACCAGCUGCUUCACCCCUAGUAGAAGAGGAGGAGGUCUUCCCCGACGAUUACGAUCCUUAUGAGGGAGCUCCAGCGACUCCGAUCGAGGCACAACCUGUUAUCCAUGUACAUGACACCGAGUCGCAGGGUGAGAUUCUGUCGAUAGAGGCACAACCUGCAGUGGUUAAGAGUCGGAAGAGGAAGAGAAAGCCUCCUGUAUGGUUCGGUGACUAUACGGAGAUGAAGAGGAGACAUAGGCCAUCUUCGACUUUUGAUCCCCUGGAGCCACCGGAUGAGAAAUUGUUAACCACUUUCCGAAAGUGGUGUGUUGGACUCAUUCCAAACCACCGACUUCGGGAUUUGAGAAGUGGUGAUUACGGUCCAGGAUUCUUUUGGAUAAUGCUCACACCAAAGGAAUGGCUUACAGAUGACCAUAUAGAUGCAGCAAUGCAUAUGCUGAGGAGGCGACGCACCGACUAUCCACUGACAUUUCCUCAGAAGGGUGUCAUUCUCUCCACAUUCGUGACCAGCAUGAUCAGCAGUGCAUGGACGAGCCACAAGGGUCCGAGGAAAAACUUUGUGUGGGAGGAUUAUAUCCUGGACUACUGCAGAGGGGUUCAUAAGUCCCAAGUCUUUGAGAGAUGGAGGGGUAACGAGUUUAUUUACUUCGUUCUGAACCUUCCCGAGGCAAGGCACUGGGUCACACUUGAAGUCGACAUAGAGCUGUGAAAAAUUAAUGUCUACGACUGUGAUUCCAGCGUCUGUCAUUGGACCGCCAUGGAACCCAUCCUGAAGACUUGGGGAGAACUGCUGCCCUCGCUAAUCCUUGCAACCGGGGAAUUUCCACAUAACAACCAGAUCAUGGCGUUAACUAACAGGGACAUCACGGUGCUUCCAAAAAUGCACUCGACUCGAGCCACUCACGACUUAGUUCCGAAGUCAACAACCAGGUACAUAGCGAUAAAAAAGUACUAUAGUAUUAAAAUAUGUUUUACGUUAGACUGACUUUACAUUUUAUUUUGCAUUUAGUGGUGAUUGUGGCGUCUAUUGCAUUGAGUAUGUGGAGCAUCUCAUGAUGCAGCGUGGAUUGACCGAUGUGACGCCAGACCGGAUAGCUAUGUUUCGUCAACGGUGGUGUGUUGAUUUAUUUUACCAAAAUGUCAGCUGAUUAUAUGUGUAAUUAUUGGGACAUUGUAUAUUUUGUGUAAUUAACAUUACAGUUAUGUAUAUAUAGACUU